UGGAGACUUGGACAGGCCCGGGAGUCCGCAGGAGCCUCAGCUUGGACCUCCCCGCGCGCCCGUCACCCCCCCGUUUCCUCCUCGGCGGAGCCCUCGCGACGCGCCCGGCCCGGAGCCCAGCGAAGCGGCCGCGCUUGAAGGAUGACCUCGAGGAAGAAAGUGCUGUUGAAGGUGAUCAUCCUGGGAGACUCUGGAGUCGGGAAGACCUCACUCAUGAACCAGUAUGUGAACAAGAAGUUCAGUAACCAGUACAAAGCCACAAUAGGGGCAGACUUCCUGACGAAGGAGGUGAUGGUGGACGACAGGCUAGUGACCAUGCAGAUCUGGGACACGGCUGGACAGGAGCGGUUCCAGUCCCUGGGCGUGGCCUUCUACAGAGGUGCCGACUGCUGCGUUCUGGUGUUCGACGUGACCGCCCCCAACACCUUCAAGACCCUUGACAGCUGGAGAGACGAGUUUCUCAUCCAGGCCAGUCCCCGGGACCCCGAGAACUUCCCCUUUGUCGUGUUGGGAAACAAGAUUGAUCUCGAAAACAGACAGGUGGCCACCAAGCGGGCACAGGCCUGGUGCUACAGCAAAAACAACAUUCCCUACUUCGAGACCAGUGCCAAGGAGGCCAUCAAUGUGGAGCAGGCCUUCCAGACGAUCGCCCGGAACGCGCUCAAGCAGGAAACCGAGGUGGAGCUGUACAACGAGUUCCCCGAGCCCAUCAAACUGGACAAGAACGACCGCACCAAGCCCGCGGCCGAGGGCUGCAGCUGCUGAGGGGGCGGGCGAGCGGAGCACGGAGCCCUCACGACCGAGAACACACGCAGGCCUUCUUCCACGAGCCCCCCUCUCCACACAGACAGUCAUCUCUCACCCCACUGCCCGGAGAGCCCAGCACACCGCCGACCCCCGCACACGCCCGACAGACCCACCGCCCGCCCCCGGGCUCCACGGCAGCAGGGCCGGCGGCAGACCCCCGCCUGGGGUGGAGUCUGCGUGGGAAGCUUCUUCCUUUUGUCCACUGGAGAGAGAACUGUUUACAGUUAAUCUGUGUCUAAUUAGUUCUGAUUUUUUUAACCGUCUUGUGGUCUUUUUACCCCCCCCCCUCCUGUGAAGGCCGCCACGUGGGAAGGCUGGUGCCCUGCGCUCCAUCACAGGCUCACACCCAGUCUGAUCAGGCUGAGUUUUGUAUGUAUCUGUUAAUGCUUGUUACUUUUAACUAAUCAGAUCUUUUUACAGUAUCCAUUUAUUAUGUAAUGCUUCGUAGAAAAGAAUCUUAUAGUACAUGUUAAUAUAUGCAACCAAUUAAAAUGUAUAAAUCAGUGUAAGAAAUUCUUGGGUUAUGUGUUUAAGUCCUGUGAUGCAGGCGUAGAGACAGAGGGCUGAACCUGGUCUGGAUCUCAGCGUGUUCAGCACCUCAAGAGUUGAAGUCCAGCAGGAGGCAGUAUUCUGUACAGUAGACAGGAGAAUCAUGUACGCCUUUUAUCAAAGACUUCAGAGCCAAACAGCUUUGCAUCUCUCCAGGGGAAACUGUCCCGUUCCCUUCUGUGUACCAGUUUUCCAAGAGGUGAUUUGCAUAAUACUUUGGUGUGUGCAAUGGAGAAACAGCUGUUUCACAAAACUCUCAUUUUCCCUUUUUCUUUCCUGCGCCACACUUUAAAACUCCCGUUAGAUUAGCAUCCACGUCCAAGAGGGAGAGGAGGCCCUCCCAGACCUGUCCUAGCGACGGUACCUUUGUUCUAGAAGGCGCUCCUCUCGGGGUGUGGCGUCCUCGGUGAGCACACCUUCCCCCCGCCCCCCACUCCCCAGUGUAGCCCCCGAGCCCCCGCUCCCUGGCGGGGCUGCCCCGCCCCCCGCCCCCGCACUGUAGCCUGCUUCACAGGGCCUGCGUCCCAGGGUGUGGGCCAAGUUCUGUAAAGAGACGAACGUGAUGCCAAUAAAAUGUACCAAGAACAAA